AUGCUGCUGCUCUCCAGCAGCAGCAGCAGCAGCAGCAACAGCAGCAGCAGCAGCAGCAGCAGCAGCAGCAGCAGCAGCAAGUUUCUAAGAGACGCUUCCUUGAGGGACCUGGGCGGUCUGUGCAUCGGCCUGCAGCGCGCAGCAGAGUCGAAGGCCAGGGGGCCCCUGCUGCUGCUGCAGCAGCAGGGAGAGGGGGCCCCCCAAGAACGCCAGCUGUAUAAGCUGCUGCUGAGGAGACACCUGAAGGAGACAGCUGCGCUAUUGGGUGCAGACGCACAACAACGCAUCAGGGUACUGCAGCAGCAGCAGCAGCAGCAGCAGCAGCAGCAGCAGCAGAAGCAGCAGCAGCAGGAACCCCAGCAACAACAACAGCAACAACGACAGCAGCAGCAGCAGCAGCAGCUACAGCAGCAGAAGCAGCAACAGCAGCAGCUGUUGCAGCACCAAGAGCUGCAUACCAACAAGCGGGAUUCGAGCGACAGACUGAAGCAGCAGCAGCAGCAGCAGCAGCAGCAGCAGCAGCAGGAGCAGCAGCAGCAGCAAAGGUUUAUGGCUGCUGCAGUCUUGCAACUGCAGCAACAACCAGAGCUGCAAAAACAACAACAGCAGCAGAAACAGCAGCAACAGCAGCAGCAACAGCAGCAGCAGCAGCAACAGCAGCAGCAGCAGCAGCAGCAGCAUUACGCACAAGAACGGAUCAGGGUACUGCAGCAGCAGCAGCAGCAGCAGCAGGAAUCCCAGCAGCAACAACAGCAACAACGACAGCAGCAGCAGCAGCAGCAGCUACAGCAACAGCAGCAGCAACAGCAGCAGCUGUUGCAGCACCAAGAGCUGCAUACCAACAAGCGGGACUGGAGCGACAGACUGAAGCAGCAGCAGCAGCAACAGCAGCAGCAGCAGCAGCAGCAAAGGUUUAUGGCUGCUGCAGUCUUGGUGUGGCGGUCUGUAUGUGAUGAGUUGAUGCGGCGGCUAGAGAGGGGGGGCCCCCCGGCGCUUGCGUUUGGGGGCCCCCCUAGAAAGGAAAGUUAUGUGGUGGGGGGGGGCCCCCAAGAGGGUACUGCUGUCUCUCUGCGUGAUGUGUGGGCCCUCAGCUGCUGCCUCAGCAGUGUCUCUCAUCUGUCUCCUCCUCUCUUCAGGGGCCUUGCUGCUGCUGCGCUGCUGCUCGCCCCCACUUGCAGCAGCAAACCACUGCAGCAGCAGACACGCCAGCAGCAGCAGCAGCAGCAGCAGCAGCAGCAGCAACUGCAGCAGCAACUGCCGAAGCAACAGAAACAACAACAGCAGCAACAACAACAACAACAGCAACUGCAGCAACAACCAGAGCUGCAAAAACAACAACAGCAGCAGAAACAGCAGCAAGAGCAGCAGCAACAACAGCAGCAGCAGCAGCAGCAGCAGCAGCAGCUGCAGCAGCAGCAUUGUGCUGUGGCUAGCAGAUGGGGGCAGCUCAGGGGGGCCCUCCAGAAGGAGACACCAAGAACCCUAUUAGAGAAGAGAGACUACAUUGUGGUGUAUAAGCCCCCCCACUGGCUCACGAACACCCAGCAGACGUCUGCAGGGGCCCCCGGGGCCCCCGGGGCCUCUGGGGGCCCCUAUGGGUUUGAGACACCGGCGUGGGUAUCUUGGGGGCCCCCCCAGGGGGCCCCCCCUUCCUCUUCACUGUCUCCUUUCAGCAGCAGAGAAGGAGACAACUGUCUCCUUUUGAGUGAGGCCCUACUAAGAAGCAGCAGACCUGAGCCCCUCCAUCUAUUCCUAAAGGCUAGGGUUCAAGAGGGGGCCCUCCCCUUGCUGCCUGGGGGCCCCCCUCCCCCCCUGGGGGCCCCCCAGCAACAGGGGCCCCUCUGCUCUCUCCCGGGCCCCAACCAUACGGUGCGGCGUGGCGGCCCCCAGGAGGGGGGCCCCCACGUUCUAGGGGCCCCCAGGGGGGCCCCUGGUGAGGGGGGCCCCCACGUUCUAGGGGCCCCCAGGGGGGCCCCUGGUGAGGGGGGCCCCCCGCAUGACGUGGGUCCUUAUGAAGAAUUCCUUGCAGUGCUCUCCGACUCAUCUUUGGCCUGCGGCUGUACCCACAGACUCGACUGCGAAACAAGCGGCAAGCAGCAGCAGCAGCAGCAGGCGCAGCAGCAGCAGCAGGCGCAGCAGCAGCAGGGGCAGCAGCAGGAGCAGGAGCAGCAGCAGCCGGAGGAGGAGGAGCAGCGGCAGCAGCAGGAGCAGAAGCAGGAGCAGCAGCAGCAGGAGCAGCAGCGGGAGGAGGAGGAGGAGCAGCAGCAGCAGCAGCAGAAAAGACCUUGGGGGGGCCUCAGGCUGCUGCGGGGCCCCCAGGGCUUCAUCGGUCGAGUGUAUAGUCUCCUUUUAGUGAAACUGCUGACGGGGCGCACUCAUCAGAUACGCGUUCAUCUUGCUGCUCUCGGCCACCCCCUUGCUGCUGACUACAAAUACCAACCAGCCUACUCCUGCAGCUGGCUGCUGUGCCUCAUUGUUAUCUGCAGCAGCAGCAGCAGCAGCAGCAGAAGUGGUAGUAGUAGUAGUAGUAGUAGCAGGAGUAGCAGUGAAGGGUAG